GGCCGGCAGGAGCAGAAAGGGAAGGGAGCUGCGGCCGGUCGGCCGGGCGGGCUCGUCGCUUGGAGACCCGGCGGAGCCCAAAGUUUCCGCGCAGCUCCUGGGCGGCGCGGGACACCCGGGACCGUCCCGCGCGCCGCCCUCACCCCGAGGGAACCCGCACCCGUCGUCGGCCGUGCCGAGUGUCGCCGGGGGCCACGCGGAGGCGGCGGGGAGCCGCGCUGCGGCAGCUUUGGAGCUGACCGCAAUGCUGAGCAGGAAAGGGCAGCUGCAGGCCCAGUGACCGGUAGCUGUGUCCUCACCAGCAUCCUCUUCGUGGAGCUAGGGUGGCUGCGUCGGCAGACAGAGCCGCCGAGCCAACUCCUGACGGGUGCUGCUGCGCAGUAGAUGUAAUUUGAAGAAGGAAAAGGAACCCAUGGCUUUAGCGGGCUGCCCUGAUUCCCUUUUGCACCAUCCGUACUACCAGAUUUUCUGGAGGAAGGUGUGAGCACGCACGGCCUCCCCGGGGAACAAGUAUUCUUCUUCUGAGUGGUGGUUGUGGGUGAGCCGGUCCCUCUAGACGCUGUCCCCGGGCUCCCCUCUGCCUCCCCCACUGUGAGUGGCCUCUGGAGCGUGGCGUUGACCAGACCUCAACCUGUUUGUGGCAGGACAAGGUGGAGCAGACACCUCACAGUCAACAGGACCUGGGAGGGCCCGAGUUCCCAGCACAGUCGGAGCGACUCCCCAGGCACCAAGAGGAUGAUGUGGACCUGGAAGCGUUGGUGAAUGACAUGAAUGCGUCCCUGGAGAGCCUGUACUCAGCCUGCAGCAUGCAGUCAGACACAGUGCCCCUCCUGCAGAACGGCCAGCACCCCCGCAGCCAGCCACGGACCCCCAGCACUCGGCCCCUGCAGCCACAGGUGUCCCCGAGGCAGAGAGUGCAGCGCUCCCAGCCUGUGCACAUCCUCGCCGUCAGGCGCCUUCAGGAGGAAGACCAGCAGUUCAGAACCUCGUCGCUGCCGGCCAUCCCAAACCCUUUCCCUGAGCUCUGCGGCCCUGGCAGCUCCCCUGUGCUGGCGCCAAGUUCCUUACCUCCAAGCCAGGCUGCUGCCAAGCAGGAUGUGAAAGUCUUCAGUGAAGAUGGGACAAGCAAAGUGGUGGAGAUUCUCACAGACAUGACAGCCAGGGACCUGUGCCAACUGCUGGUUUACAAAAGUCACUGUGUGGACGACAACAGCUGGACACUAGUGGAGCACCACCCGCACCUAGGACUAGAGAGGUGCUUGGAAGACCACGAGCUGGUGGUCCAGGUGGAGAGCACCAUGGCGAGCGAAAGCAAGUUCUUAUUCAGGAAGAAUUACGCCAAGUACGAGUUUUUUAAAAAUCCUAUGAAUUUCUUCCCAGAACAGAUGGUUACUUGGUGCCAGCAGUCCAAUGGCAGUCAAACUCAGCUUUUGCAGAAUUUUCUGAACUCCAGUAGCUGCCCUGAAAUUCAAGGAUUUUUGCAUGUGAAAGAGCUGGGGAAGAAAUCAUGGAAAAAGCUGUAUGUGUGUUUGCGGAGAUCAGGCCUUUAUUGCUCCACAAAGGGGACUUCAAAGGAACCCAGGCACCUGCAGCUGCUGGCUGACCUGGAGGACAGCAACGUCUUCUCGCUGAUUGCUGGCCGGAAGCAGUACAGCGCCCCCACUGACCACGGGCUGUGCAUAAAGCCAAACAAAGUACGGAACGAAACUAAAGAACUGAGGCUGCUGUGCGCUGAGGACGAGCAGAGCCGCGUGUGCUGGAUGACAGCGUUUCGGCUCCUCAAGUACGGGAUGCUCCUUUACCAGAACUAUCGAAUCCCUCAGCAGAGGAAGGCCUUGCUGGCCCCGUUCUCCACACCAGUGCGCAGUGUCUCGGAGAACUCCCUCGUGGCCAUGGACUUCUCUGGGCAGACAGGGCGAGUGAUAGAGAAUCCUGCUGAAGCCCAGAGCGCAGCCCUGGAGGAGGGCCACGCCUGGAGGAAGCGAAGCACGCGGAUGAAUAUCCUAGGCAGCCAAAGUCCCCUCCACCCUUCUACCCUAAGUACAGUGAUCCACAGGACGCAGCACUGGUUUCACGGGAGGAUCUCCAGGGAGGAAUCCCACCGGAUCAUUAAACAGCAAGGGCUUGUGGACGGGCUUUUUCUCCUCCGUGACAGCCAGAGUAAUCCAAAGGCAUUUGUACUCACACUGUGUCAUCACCAGAAAAUUAAAAAUUUCCAGAUCUUACCUUGUGAAGACGACGGGCAGACGUUCUUCAGCCUGGACGACGGGAACACCAAAUUCUCUGACCUGAUCCAGCUGGUCGACUUUUACCAGCUGAACAAGGGAGUCCUGCCUUGUAAACUCAAGCACCACUGCAUCCGAGUGGCCUUAUGACCUCAGAUGUGCUCUUGCCGUCGGCUGAAGACUGGAGGAAGUUAACACUGGAAAGAAGAAGAGGUCUGUAUGUUGGUUAAGAAAUCACAUCUGUUUUGCACCUUGGGACUCAGAGUGAGAUGGGUUCGUUGGGUGCCAACCGACCAAGAUUGACUAGUUUUGUUGGACUUAAUGACAAUUUGCUGCUGCGAAUCCAGCAGGAUCGCCCACCCUCCCCCCACCCUGUGUUCUUUGGCUAAAUCCGGGAGGGCAUGGAAGAGCCAGCACGAAUCGGAGAAUUAAACUGGAAUGAUCGUCUUGGCUGGACCACUUAAGAACAAGAACCGGAAAGAAGUGAUUGGAAGUGAACUCUUGCCCUGGAAUAAUCUUGACAAUUAAAACUGAUAUGUUUA